CGACUACUGAUGCAGCGAGUGGACGCGACUCGCCAUGUAGUCGGCAGCGUAUUCCGGGUCGGCGUGAAGCCAUGCAGAGCAGCAGCUCGUCGGGGUUUGAGGACGCGCGAUCUCAAGUCUGGAGCUAUUCAGCAGAAGGGUAAACCGGAGCCCGCGACACCAUCCCCUCCUCCACCCCGACCGCUACCCCCAUCCCAGGCAAUGCAAUUCUUCAAUGAGGAUAAGGCGGCAGCAAAGAAAGAGACCGUAAACUUCAAGAAUCUGCCGCCGGGGAGUCUGGGCGCCGCGCUGCUUCUCGGAGCCAUUGCAUACUACUUGGGCGAGCUCUUUGUGGCAGCCAACAAGACUUGUUCGAACCCACACAUCGCCGACAUUGCCGAGCAAAAGGACGUCGCUGCGCGCUACGAUGAGACGGCCGACAGCUUUGACAGCGAGGUCGGCAUGUCGGAAUGGCUGAUGGGCGUCAGCAAGAUCCGCGGACAGCUCGCCUCACGAUGCAUCGGCCAUGUACUCGAAGUCAGCUGUGGGACAGGCCGUAACUUGGGCUACUAUGAUGUUAUGCAAGGUGGCAAGGUGGACAGCCUGACGCUCGUCGAUCUGAGUGCCCCCAUGAUUGAUGUCUGCAAGCAGAAGUGGCAGGCAUUGUAUUCCGAGUACAGGAAACCCGGCUGGUUUAGCAGCAGCAGAGUCGUCAAGCCGCAUCUUACCCUCCGCUUUGCGCCCAUUUCUGCAUUGGGCGAGAUGCCGCUUGCACCGACAGACCCGCCCAAGAAGUACGAUACCAUCAUUCAGACUAUGGGUCUGUGCAGUACAGACAAGCCGAAAGAGCUGUUGGAGAACAUAGUGCGAUAUCUUGAUACUUCUAACCCCGACGCACGCAUUCUGCUGCUUGAGCAUGGGAGAAGCUAUCAACCAUGGUUGAACAAGGUUCUGGACAACUCUGCCGAGAAACAUGCUGAGGUGCAUGGGUGUUGGUACAAUCGUGACAUUGGUGCCAUUGUGCAAGAUGUUGCUGAUAGGACUGGCUUGGAAGUUUCGCGAGAGAGGAGAAGGCAUCUGGGAACAACGUGGCUGUUCGAGCUGAAGCCGAAGGUCGUGACAGCUGCCUCGAUCCCGGCAUCAAAACCACCCACCGACGAGCCGAUGAAACAGCAGUCUCAAGGUGGGUGGCGAAGUUGGUUUGGCCUGACUUGAAAGAGUAGAAGCACUGCAUCUACUUCAUUCCGCCAUUCCGAGGAUGUGCCCAUGGAGUCACGCCAACUCUUGCACACGAUACGUGCACAGCCCGAUUUCACUAUAUGCAGAGUGUAUUCGCGCCAAGGUAGGAUCUAGUUGCGACCAGGACGUUGCUCAGCUGGUGGAAAGCAAGCAAGGAAACCUAAACAGUGCAAAAUGGCUUGCACUGUUCACGUAACCUAGCAGCAGCACCGUUGAGCAUAGCCUAUACCACGAUGCAAGCACUGGCAGCGAAUGCCGCCAUCACUGCUUGCUGUGGGGGCGCGACAUCAUUCACUGCAGGUAUAGCCACGCCGCUUAUACGAGCAGUACAUGUAUUCUACAGCACAAAGACAGUGUUGGACAGACUCAUCGCAAGUCGUCAAUUGCGACCUACCACUCUCGCUGAUCUAACGCGCUUUCGUUGACAUCUUUACUCAUACGCCUCUGAACCGUCAAGUUAGUAUGAAGGUCCUCGUUGCCACGACGUGCAUAGCAGCCAGCUGCUCGUGCAUGGCACUCGCACGCCCGCUUGCGCCGAGGAGUCCAGGGCACUUCUCCCCUUCGUUUCAUGUCGCUACAAUCAAACCAUCGACACCGGCAAUGUCCACCACCACGUCCACUCAGACAGUAACAGUGACCAUACAGCCUAUUUCGAUACAGCGCCCGUUCCUCAAGAAUACUCUCCGCGGCACACCCCCGCCCACAGACGAUUGCAGACCAGUAUGUGGGCAAGCCUCCCCGAGUGGUCAGUGUAUCAAGACCGUCGACAACUGUUCCUCCCUACAGCACUCUCCUCUUUCCAGGAUAUCCCACCGUGACCGCCUCAUCGCUCUCUUGGCGGCUGUGCUUGCCGCGAGUAUCGAUUGGCGACUCUCGGUUCUUCUGCUUUUGGGUGCACUUCUACCAGCAGGGAGACCGUUUCCACCAGUGGUAGAAGACUGAGAGAAUCCUGCCGCUCACCACGCAAGGUGGGUGAAGAUAUUGGUUCAGUGGCUUCAUGGGAAGGUUCUGGCAGAGCAUUUUUGGUUCGUACUGCUGCUGCUCAUGUCGUUCAUCGUAGCAGUCUUUUUGAGGCGGGAGGUUCUAGUCUACGUUUGCUGGGUUGAUGGAACGAGUGAUGGUAUUGUUCAGACGCUUCUAGUGCAAGGUCAAGCUUGGAGUACGGCUAUCAGAAUUUGACAUGGGCGUUGCAAAUGAUUGCAACAAGGAGUGACUUCAGGUCAAUCGAACGGACGUAUCUCGUCCAUGCACAUAUGA